AAACGAAAAAGGUACAGAGUACGGAUGGAUGUACGUGUAACUUAAUUUGCUUUGCUUGGCUUAGUAGAAAGCGGUUCGUCUGGGCCGAGAAAUUUCCGGGCGUGGGUGGGUUAGGAGGGAGAGAAAGCCGCAAGUGUGGAAAGUAAAGUGUGGCUCGGUCGGGAACUGAAGGAAAGAAGCUUUUGGUGGAAAAGUGAUCAAAUCGAACCUCCAUCAAAAUAAUUGAUUGAUCCCCAGAGUCACCAAUUGAUUGCGCCUCCCCACCCCAUCGCAUCGCAAUCAAUCCUUUAUCCAAGGGCUCAGGAUACGACUCACCCUCCAGUUCUUCAAAGAUGCUUUCAAGGGUAGCACGACCGGCUCUGAGAGCUGGAGCUGCGGCUAUUCCUGCUCGUGUCGCCAACAAUGGAGCAGCUGGCUACGCUACUCUGCGAGAAAUCGAAGGUCGUCUAAAGUCUAUCAAGAAUAUCGAGAAGAUCACCAACACCAUGAAGAUCGUGGCCUCCACCAAGUUGACCCGUGCCCAACGUGCCAUGAACGACUCGAGAAAGUACGGCCAGACCUCCAACCAAGUCUUCGAAUCCGCCGAGACUAAGCCCCUCGAGGGUGAGGGCAAGAAGACCUUGUACAUCGUAUGCAGCUCCGACAAGGGUCUUUGCGGUGGUGUUCACUCCGGCCUCUCGCGUUAUAUGCGCCGAGAACUGGCUACCAAGGACCAGCCCGCCGACCUGGUCCUCAUUGGAGAGAAGUCCAGGGCCCAACUCAGCCGUACGAACGCAAAGAGCAUCGUCCUCAGCUUCGCCGGUGUUGGAAAGGAUAUCCCGUCCUUCGCCGACGCCCAGGCCAUCGCCGACCAGGUUACGCAGCUCCCUACCGACUACAGCGACAUCAAGAUCGUGCACAACAAGUUCAUCAACGCUACUAGCUACGAGCCCACAGUCAUCGAAGCUUUCUCGGAGGAGGCCAUUGCCAACUCCCCCAACUUCUCCGCCUUCGAGGUCGACGAGGAGCUUCUGUCUAACCUCCGGGAAUACGCCUUAGCUAACUCUCUCUACUGGGCUCUUGCCGAGGGACACGCCUGCGAGAUCUCUGCCCGACAACAGGCUAUGGACAACGCCUCCAAGAACGCCGGUGAGAUGAUCAGCAAGUACCAGAUUCUUUUCAACCGAACUCGUCAAGCCGUCAUUACAGGCGAACUGGUCGAAAUCAUCACUGGUGCCACCGCCUCGGAGGACAUGUAGAGCGGGUGAUAGAAAAAUAGAUGGGGUGGUGAAUAAUCCAAUCGCAUCUUCCCUUUGUAUCAAAGUACCCUAAGCAAAACCUCGGCGCUGUCGCCUUGGAUGUAUCAAUUCAAUGAACUAGUUCCUCAGCCCUACUUGCCCUCUUUGUCCUCUUUGUUUUAUGUGACGCAGUUCUGCAUCCGACUUAAAACAUCAACCUACCCCUAAAGCAGUGCUUGCGGACUUUCUGCGUGCGUUUAAACUAUAUCGACCACAUCCAUUCAUAAGCUGAGGGGGACAGACUAUUUCGCUACCCGUAUCAUUUUCGACUACUCAUGCUUUGGCGUUUGUAUAUCCGCUUAACUAGUUGAUAUAAUACGAGAUAGAUAGACAGGUUUGUCCCUAUGCCUUCAACAAACAAACAUCACUAUAUCCUUAGAGUAUAUCCACCAGCUGAGAUGUGUCUUGACUGACACGUCGCAUAGAAGCCCCUAACCUAGGCCCUUUUGCCAGCAUCAAUUUAGAUAGAUACUCAGACAAACCAUGACAGAUUCAGAAGCACC